AUGUCGGCUGGUCCAAUUGUUGAGCGCAAUCAAGACGCGACUAUAUACGUUGGCGGUCUUGACGAAAAAGUCACAGAGAAUGUGUUGUGGGAGUUAAUGGUUCAAGCGGGCCCUGUAACAAGCGUGAACAUGCCUAAAGACAGGGUUACUGCAAACCACCAAGGUUUUGGGUUUGUCGAGUUUAUGGGCGAAGAAGAUGCUGAUUAUGCAAUCAAAAUCCUAAAUAUGAUAAAGCUUUACGGCAAGCCUAUCAAGGUGAAUAAGGCGAGUGCUCACGAGAAAAAUAUGGAUGUUGGAGCUAAUAUUUUUGUCGGAAACUUGGAUCCAGAGGUGGAUGAGAAGCUGUUGUACGAUACGUUCAGCGCCUUCGGUGUCAUCCUUCAAGUCCCAAAGAUCAUGCGAGAUCCGGAGACAGGUAACAGCAAGGGGUUCGCUUUUAUCAAUUUCGCAUCGUUCGAAGCUUCUGAUAUGGCUAUGGAAGCCAUGAACGGACAGUUUUUGUGUAAUCGAGCGAUUUCCGUUUCUUACGCAUUCAAAAAAGAUGCAAAGGGCGAACGGCACGGCACUGCUGCGGAACGAAUGUUAGCAGCACAGAACCCGUUGUUCCCAAAAGACCGGCCGAAUCAAAUGUUCUCGGACGCACCAGGACGACUGCCUUUCCCACCACCCAUUCCUGGAAUGCCGCCCGUAAUUCCGGGGAUGCCUGGUAUGCCACCCAUGCCGCCUCCGAUCGCAAUGAGUAUGGGAUUUCCACAUGCACUUCCUCCACCACCGCCCACAGCAACUCCUAUGCCUCCACCUCCACCACCACCGGUACCUCCUACGCCUGGCAUGACUCCGAGACCUCCGCCACCACCAAUAUCAUCUGGAGGUGGUCAAUGGAGUAUGCCUCCUCCGCCACCAACACAGACUCCAACAAUGCCUACUCCACCACCGCCACCUCCUUCUCGUGGAACCACUUACGUACCGCCACCGCCACCAGGCAGUAUGCCUCCUGCUCCUCCCGGUCCACCAGGACCACCUGCACCUCCAGGCCCACCCGGUCCUCCGCCAGGUGCUCCUCCUGGGAUGAUGCCACCUCCGCCGAGAUUCCCACCAGGAGUGCCUCCUCCACCACCUCGAUUCAACUCAGCCGCACCUACUGGAUCUGGGCAGUUUCCUCCGCCGCCACCUCCUUCAAGACCACCGGUUCUUCCUCCCCCGGGACAAGCUCCUCCAAUACCACCACCACCUCCUUCUUCCUGA